AUGGCUCAUUACACAAACCACAAUGUUUACAUUGUAACAAUUAUUCUUGUUGCAACAACCUUAGCUUCCAAUGCAACAAAAUCAAUGAGUGAAAGUGCACAUCCAAGCUUAGCAACAAGGUUGAAGGUGGAUGGAGAGCCGGAAAGUGUAAAUUGUUGGGACUCAUUGUUCCAACUUCAAGCAUGCACCGGUGAGGUCAUAAUGUUCUUCCUCAAUGGUGAGACAUACUUAGGACCUAGUUGUUGUCAUGCCAUAAUAAUUGUUGGACAUGAUUGUUGGCCUCAGAUGCUUGCUUCUCUUGGAUUCAGUGCCGAAGAGACUGAUAUUCUCCAAGGUUAUUGUGAUGCCGAACAACAACACCAUCACCACUAUUCUCCUCCAUCUCCACCAUCUCCUCCUCCAUCAUCACUUCCUCUUCGUCACGUAAUCACCAAUAAUAGCUAA